AUGAAUGUAAACAAACGACAUUCUACGUCGACAGUCGAUAAUGCCGAAAAAAAGAAAUUCAAACAAGAUUUUCCCAUCGCUCGAUUCGAACACUUAGCCAAUGAACUCAUCUACGAAAUCUUUGAUCAUCUUGAUGCUCAGCAACUCCAUCAAAGCUUCUUUUCACUCAAUCAACGCCUCCAAUAUCUCUGUUUAAAUGCCAAUCUCUCACUUCGAAUCGGAAUGUCAUCAGCAUCAAAAACAAUAUUUGAACGCUCUUUCAACGAUAUGAUCUCGCAUCAUCAACAUCGAAUUCGAUCUCUCUAUUUAUUCAAUCCAUUCGUCAUUGAUUAUUUUACUAUUUCACAAUGUUCGCAACUGCAAACCUUGACUUUAGGUAACAUUGAAUGGGAGCGUUUGGAAAGUGUUCUCAUUACCUUAGCAUCUGCACCAAAUCUUGUGUCGCUAUCGAUUUAUAUUGGGGGCGUUGGAAAACAAGCGACAGUUUACAGUUUAGUAUUUCAAUUACCUGCAUUAAAAUCUUGCAAACUAAACUUUCAAACGGAUGCUCCAUUGAAACUAUCUGCAAUUUCAAUAAAUUCAGUGAGUCCUAUUGAGCGUCUCAUCAUCAUGGAUAAUUAUAGUUUCGAUGAAAUUAAUGUAAUUCGAUCAUACGUCCCAAAACUACGUUUUUUAUCUAUUACUCGUAAACACGAAUAUCCCGUACGAUACAUGCUCUUCUGUCAGAUCAUAUUUCAUGACUCAACAUAUUUUUCACUACUUGGUGAUCGUGUAUCACUCGAAGGUAUUGAACAGUUUGUAAAAGAGCAUUGUAAUCGUAUAAGUGUAUUACAUGUGUCGCCAAUACCGAACAUAGGCGACCGAGAAGCAUGGGAGAAGUCCAUCCAGUCAUACAUUCCACAUGUGAGUACAUUCAAUUUCGAAUAUGGACAAUCAACGCCCUGCCGCCUGACAUAUGAAUUCUGCCGAUUAAUCUAUACGAGCACUUUUGGAAUCGCAGCAUACAUGGAACAAAAAUUUUUCACACAUGAACCAAUGUCAGAAGCGUGCCUACACGAGAUAUUUUGUUCUAGUCAGUUGCAUAGAAAGAAAUACUUCGAGCUCGAUUCCAGAUUCAAUGUAACUAAUUUCAAAUGUCAUGACAAGGUAGAUACGAACUCUAUUAAUCAUGUCAUUAUACACGAUCCGGAUGUAAUUUCUUGUUGUUCGAAAUAUUUUUUUGCAAAGGCAACUGACUUAUCCAUUAAUCAUGUAAAUUUUACAGAUAAAAAAUUAUGCUUAACCGACGAGCUGCUCCGUAUUCUUGAUCUCAGACGCUUGACAAAAUUAACUAUGAAUUAUAUUGAAAAAGACUUCGACAUAUUCAUCAAACUACUACGACUGGCACCGAAUGUACGUACAAUUACAUGGGAAUCCAUCGAAAAAAUUCCGAACAACUUGCUGUCGUUGGUGGAAAGUGAAGAUUUUCAGUUAGUUUCGCAAGAAAAUCGAAUUAAAACUAUCACCAUUACGUCUCGUUAUACGAAAAAGAUGAUGGAAGUAUUAGUUCAUCUCUGUCCUCGAGUUCAAUACAUAUCUCUUGGUCCGUCCUAUCGAUCACUGGAUGCUACUGUGCAUUAUCUCCUGUCAGAAAUCAACGAUGCAACUCUUCGCCUAUUUUCGUUGUGCAUUCGAGAGGCGUAUCAAGAUUGGAUGACAUAUUGGAAAGAUCAGAUCAAAACACAUGGAGUUUUCAAUGACUAUUCCAUCAAAAUCAUCGAUAAAAACUUUUAUUUAUGGUGGGGAGAUUGA